AAUUGUAGUUUUCCAAUACAAAUUAUAAUAGUAUGAUUCCUUGCUCUGCUGUAACUAUUUGCCGCAUAUUCAAAACCGCAAAAGCUCAGUGACCAGAGCUGGAACAUCGCCACCUGCUUUCUCUCUCCUCUACAUUCUUUUCAAGAAAAAAAAAUCUGGGUUUAUUCACAAUCAGUGUUAUUCGUCGAGGGUGUGAGUCAAAAUUUGAUCUUGUUCACGAUUAUUGAGGGAUUUUUCCAAUUUAUCGUGAUUGAAUGCAAUAUGAGUAAUGAGUCAUCGCUGUUUGUCUUUUUGCUAUGUGGGAAGGCGGCCUUCUCUUUUUCUGUUCAUCGAUUUUGUUGAAUUUUUCCGAUCUUGUGAUCACUCAGAUACAUGCAUACAUGUGUUGUGAUUUGUUUGGUGAAGUCUUUUCUCUGAUCACUGCGGUUUGAAUGCCGAAUUGGCUCUUCACUUUCGUCCAAAAUUAGUUUGGGGAUUCAUAUUUUGAGGUUUUGUGUCAUGCUUUUGAUUAUUCGUUUGUCUAAAUUGAGAAUUCAAGAAUGCCCUGCUUGGCUUAUUGGCUGUGAAAAAUUGAAAAUCUCAAGGUUUUUUUGAGUGAGUGAGUUGAAGUUGGGAUUUUGAUUGUGAUAAGGGGGAUCUUGAGAGAACCUUUUUUCAGUUUUUAUGUUUGAAUCCAAAAUGCAUGUUGCUUUCAUCUUGCUAUGUUUUUAUGUUUCUGAUAAUAUAUUGCAGUUCUUGUGUUGUAUCACUCUCAUUAGCUGCUGGAAAUUUCCUAAUUUAGAUAGGUUUACGCAGUUUUUGUUUUCGAUUUGUUGGUUGAAUUGUCCCUAUUUAUGACUGUGUUCAUCUUUUUGAAUUAGGGCCCAGCUUUAGUUUCUGUUCCUACUUUUUUUGUAUCAAAACAAGCUCUUUGAUCAACACUUAGUUUCUGUUGUUUGAAUUUUGAUGCAGGAAAUCCGAGGAUACGGGCGGAUUGGUUGGUAUUGAUGUGAAUAUUUGAAUGUAAAAAGAAUUACUUUAUAGUAGAAAUUAAAGAAGAGAUUUUUCAAUGUUGAGUUUCAAUAGGAUUAGAGCUCAGCCGAGGGGCAAUCGAUCUAUGUCUUUAGGAGGUGGAGGCAUGGAAUAUGCGGAUCCGAAGAAGAAGAACAAUUUUUGUGGUAAAAUCUUGAUGGUUUCCACUCUUACAGCAUUGUGCAUUCUUAUGCUCAGGCAUUCCCCAACUUUAAACACCCCGACCCAAUUCUCUAGUCAUGAACCUGGUGUGACUCAUGUAUUGGUAACGGGAGGUGCUGGAUUCAUCGGUUCACAUGCUGCGUUACGGCUUCUUAAGGAUUUUUAUCGUGUGACUAUAGUGGAUAAUCUUUCGAGGGGAAACCUUGGUGCCAUUCGUGUCCUGCAACAAUUAUUCCCUGAGCCCGGGAGGCUUCAGUUUAUUUAUGCCGAUCUUGGGGAUGCUAAAUCGGUCCGAAAAAUUUUCUCCGAGAAUGCAUUCGAUGCAGUGAUGCAUUUUGCCGCUGUAGCGUAUGUCGGAGAGAGUACUCUCGAUCCACUCAAGUACUAUCACAAUAUUACAUCAAACACUCUCGUUGUAUUAGAAGCCAUGGCGGCUCACAGAGUGAAGACAUUAAUUUAUUCGAGCACGUGUGCUACAUACGGAGAACCUGACAAAAUGCCGAUUACAGAAGAAACCCCACAGGUUCCCAUAAAUCCAUAUGGAAAAGCCAAGAAAAUGGCAGAGGAUAUCAUUCUUGAUUUUCAUAAGAAUUCUGAUAUGGCUGUCAUGAUUCUUAGAUACUUCAAUGUGAUUGGUUCGGAUCCUGAGGGAAGGCUCGGUGAAGCUCCCCGGCCAGAACUACGUGAACACGGACGGAUAUCCGGUGCUUGCUUCGAUGCUGCCCGUGGAAUCAUCCCAGGUCUCAAGGUUCGUGGAACAGAUUACAAGACUUCCGACGGCACCUGCAUCCGAGACUACAUCGACGUGACCGAUCUCGUGGACGCUCACGUCAAAGCCCUCGAGAAAGCCAAACCCGGGCACGUAGGCAUCUACAACGUCGGUACAGGAAAAGUUCCGCCCCUUCUCAGGAAGUUCAGUGAACGAGUUCGUGGCAGCGUGCAAGAAGGCGACAGGGGUGCCUAUAAAGGUCAAUUUCCUUCCCCGGAGGCCUGGGGACUACGCAGAGGUGUACAGCGACCCGUCGAAGAUCAGGAACGAGCUGAACUGGACAGCGAUGCACACCAACCUCGAGGAGAGCUUGCAGGUCGCGUGGAGAUGGCAGAAGGCGCACCAGAACGGGUACGGGUUGAUGUCUGCGUAAAUAGAUGCUAGUAUUUCGUAACGGAGGACUAACAUGAAGCAACCCCGGACCGGAUCGGAGCCUCGGUUUUGGAUAGUUUUGGUAGUGUUUUAGGGACAGAGGGAGUUGAAGAGAGGGGUGUGAUGUAUUCUUUUUUACAUCUCUAUUGAGAUACGUUUGUUUGAUAACAGAAUGAUAGGGAUCGAUUUAUGUAAUGAUUUAUGCGUUUGAGACAUAUUUUAGUUGAAUAAAUAGUUUGUGAGAGGUAUAGCUUA